AUGGAAUACGUGUCAAAGAAAGCCUUCGUUGUAGGCGUUCCAGCGGCUCUCAUUGCCAUAACGCACUUAAAAUCACUACCGUUUGCCUAUACAGUUCGUUCCUGGCUUCUCUUGAAGGCCUUGAUCAAACGAGCAAAACAACAUGACUUGAAACCUGACCCUUUAUUCACUGUCGUAAGCCAAGAUCAUCGUUGCUAUUUGGAUGAUAUUGAUUACAACCAGCACAUGAAUAAUAGCAUGUAUAACAAAGUAUUGGAUUUCAGCCGAAUUCAUAUUUUAUAUACAAUCUUUCCCAAAGUAAUGAUGGAACCAGACCAUCAUCUCUUCGGUCACAAUGGCGGUGUUGUCACACUGUUCAGAAGGGAGAUUCCAUCCCUUGCCAAAUAUAAAGUACAGAGCCGAAUUUGGACAUGGAACGAAAAGUGGCUCUUCCUUCAACAUCGAUUUGUGCUUGUGGAUGACAAAAAUACGGUCGCUUGCUUGGCUGUCAGUAAAAUUGUCUUCAAAAAGCUCUCUGGCAAAACGGUCCCGCCAGCAGACGUCUUGGAGCUUUGUGGUCAUGACAUUACCAAUAAUAAAUAUGUAGAAGAGAGAAGAAGUCGCAAUUGGGAAACGGCUCAGCACAUUUUAAGCUUGGAUAAGUUGAGAGAAGAUCCUUACGCUUGGUCAAAUUUGUAA